AUGUCGGAUAAUGUCAACUUGAUCGAGGAGGACCAAAUGGCUACAGCCGUUAGGCAAAAGCUGAAAGCAGAUGAUGACGCUCGUCACAAGCUCAUGACACAUGGAGAUUACACUGUGGGAUGGGUCUGCGCGUUGCCCAAAGAGCAAACCGCCGCGACGGCCAUGCUUGAUGAAACACAUCCCGACUUACCAAAGCCAUUGAACGACUCGAAUACAUACACUCUGGGACGUAUCGGAAAGCACGACGUUGUAAUAGCCUGCCUUCCGAAAGGCCAGAUUGGCACAAACUCGGCAGCAACCGUUGCCACACAAAUGAUAAGAACGUUUUCUUCUAUUAGGAUCGGUCUUAUGGUCGGCAUAGGAGGUGGCAUUCCAUCCAAAGUCAGACUCGGCGAUGUAGUGGUCGGCACACCUUCAGGCCAGUUUUCUGGCGUCGUUCAAUGGGACUUUGGAAAGGCCCAUGAAGGCGGCACGUUCGAGAGGACCGGAUCACUGAACUCUACACCUGCUUCGCUUGGGACAGCUUUGACCAAGUUGGAAACAAAACAUGAUUUGGAAGGGAGCAAAAUACCAGAGUACCUGGAUGGAUUCAAACGGAAAUGGCCGGAUUACGCUUCGAAGCAUCUCCGUUCUGACGCCCUGAUAGAUCCCUUCGACACGGUAAAUCGUUCACAUGAUACUUCCAAGAGAUGGCUAGCUGUAUUCUCAAUGAUGUGGGCUAGCUUGUUGGUUAUUCUUCGAUAUCUAUCUGGCUCGCAAACGUUUCCCGUCCUGAAUAACACAACUAGGCAAGUGGAAAACUCGCCACUCCCCGCUGUGGAUAGAGAGCAAAGGAGACCUGGAGAGGUACGAGUGCAUCAUGGCCUAAUUGCGUCCGGCAAUCAAGUCAUUAAGGAUGCCAUCCUCCGAGAUAAACUCAACAAGGAUCUUGGCGGGCAUGUGUAUUGUGUCGAAAUGGAAGCGGCUGGGUUGAUGAACAAUUUUCCAUGCGUUGUCAUUCGAGGCAUUUGUGACUACGCAGAUGCACAAAAGAAUAAAACCUGGCAGGAAUAUGCCGCACUAGUUGCAGCCGCCUUUGCCAAGGAACUUCUGGUGAACGUACAAACAAGCGAAGUGCAUGGAGAGCGAACAGCGAAGGAUAUUAUUGAGGUCACUGUAAAGGUUCUUGAUGAAUUGCGACACGAAGUUGUCAGCACGAGAGAAAAGAUCGAAAAGAAAGAGGAACUUGAUAUUCUCAAAUGGCUCACACCAAUCAACCAUAAGGCUCAGCAUAGUGACAUUCUCCAGAAAAAGCAGUCAGGAACUUGUCAGUGGUUCUUAAAUUCUACGAAAUUUAAGAACUGGAUAGAGAAGGAAAAGGGCAUAUUAUAUUGCCCCGGAAUCCCGGGUGCGGGGAAGACAAUCCUCACAGCUGCCACCAUUGAGGAUCUUACUUUACGGUAUCAGAACAACCAGAAUGUUGGCAUCGCAUACAUUUAUUGCAACUUCCGUCGAACUGAUGAACAACAGGUAGAAGACUUACUUGCAACCCUCCUAAAGCAACUAUGCCAACAACGGUCGUCUCUCCCAGAUAGUGUUAGACUGCUUCAAGCUGAUACACUGAAAGCCAAUAGAGCAAGGCCGACGUUGAAUGAACUUGCAGAAACUCUUCAUUUGGUCGUCUCUAUGUAUUCUCGGGUGUUUAUUAUAAUUGAUGCACUCGAUGAAUGCCAAGUCAAAGAUGGCUGUCGCAUAACAUUUUUAAACGAGGUUUUUAAACUUCAAACAAAGACCAGAACAAAUCUGUUUGCGACCUCAAGGCCAAGCCCAGAAAUCGAACUCAACUUUGAAGGAUGUGAUUGGUGCAGGAUCAGUGCGAGUGAGGCCGACAUCCGUGCGUAUUUGAACGGAAAUAUGUGGCAAAUGUUAGGAUUUGUCCAAAAAAGAUCAGAUCUAAAGGAUGAUAUUGAGGAAGGUGUCGCAACAGCAGCACAAGGAAUACUGUAUUUCGACUCACUCAAAGACAAAACAUCAGCCACGGAGAUAAAAACAUUACUAAGAAAGCUUCGGGAAAGAAGCCAAUCGAAAGUAAAUACUGAUGAAAAGCUCGAUCUACUAGCCCAAGCAUAUGAUGAAGCUGUGGAUAGAAUCCGUAUGCAACAACCUGGCUUUCAACACCUCGCAACAAAAGUUUUGUCUUGGGUCAUUUUUGCAAGGCGGCAGCUUACCAUUUUGGAGCUUCAACAUGCCCUUGCCGUAUCUGUCGGAGACAAGAAAUUAGACGAAGACAAUGUUAGGGAUAUCAAGGAUAUUGUUUCAGUCUGCCUUGGAUUGGUAAUUGUUGACGAACAAAGCGGUAUUGUUCGUCUGGUUCACUACACCACCCAAGAAUACUUUGAGCAAACCAAAACGCGGUUAUUUCCAAAUGCGGAAUUCGAACUCGCGACUAUCUGUGUGGCUUAUAUCUCGUUCAGUGUUUUUGAAGCUGGCCUCUGUGAAACAGAAGCAGAAUUUCGGGAUCGAUUGGAAUCAAACCCACCUUACAGCUAUGCCGCACAAAACUGGGGCCAUCAUGCUCGAUUCGCUGCGACAUCUAUCCCGGGAGUUGAGCAGUUUCUAAGCAACAGGGCUCUAGUCAAGGCCUCCAAUCAAGCAUUCCCUGAUAAUAUAUUGUUCAAAUAUCUAGGGCACAGUCAAAUUUUGACAAGAAAAUUGACGGCAAUCCAUUUUGCGGCAUAUUUCGGGCUUACUCCAGAGGUAGCUAGCCUACUUGAAGACAAAGGGGAGGUCGAUUCGCUGGACGAUUAUGAUCGCACACCACUUACGUAUGCCUCUAAGAAUGGACACGAGGCUACCGCAAAAUUUCUCCUGGAGCAAGGCGCGAAAGUUGACGCACUGGAUAUGCACCAUGAGACUCCACUUAGCUAUGCCGUUGAGCGUGGGCAUGAGGUUAUUGUGAAGUUACUUAUCGAGAAAGGAGCCGAUCUUGCGGGCGGGGGCUCAUACCAAAUGGCACCACUAUAUAUUGCUACUAGAGACGGGCACGAGGCUAUUGCAAAGUUUCUUAUCGAGAAAGGAGCCGAUCUUGAGUGCAGGGACCAGCUACAAAUGACGCCACUAUGUAUUGCUGCCGAAUCCGGGUAUACGGCUAUUGCAAAGUUGCUUAUCGAGAAGGGAGCUGAUCUUGAGUGCUGCAACCAGCUACAAAUGACGCCACUGUGUAUUGCUACAGAGGAAAACCACGAGGCCAUCGUCGAAAUGCUUCUAAUCAGAGGUGCCGAGUUCAAGUCUAAGUCGAUUUAUGGCCAAACCCUAAUAUCUUGGGCUGCUCAACAUGGAUGCGGGGGCAUCUUCAAGCUGCUUCUGGAUAAGGGGGCCAAGUUCGACUGCAUGGAUGAUGAUGGUGGGACAGCGUUAACGUGCGCUGCCAGGGGAGGGCAAUUGAUCAUCACUAAACAUCUAUUAGCAAUCCCCAAUAUCAAUAUUGACUGGAGGGAUAAAUUUGGGCGCACCCCACUAUCCUGGGCCGCUUCUGGUGGUCAUGCAGCUAUCAUCAAACUGCUGCUAAAUAGCGGCGCCAAUAUUGAAUCCGAGAGUAAAUAUGGCCGGACACCAUUAACAUUUGCUGCCCAAUCAGGGCACCAGGACGCAGUUGAGUUGUUUCUGGAAACAGGCGAUGUAAAUGUCUACUCUCGAGAUAUCUUUGGCCGAAACCCGCUGCAUUGGGCUUCGAGGGGUGGGCACGAUGAAGUUAUCAUGAAUCUGAUCCUAAAUGGAGGAUGUGACCCCAACUCAAUGGACAUUUACUGCUCAACUCCGAUUUCAAUAGCCGCACGACACAAUCAUGCACAUUUGAUAAAGCAGCUCUUGGAUACAGGAAGGAUCAACGUUACUUCUCAGGAUUGCUUUGGACGGACGCCACUGUGGUACGCUCGACGAUAUGAAAAUGCUGAAGCUCAACAACUUCUACUUGAAUAUAUCGAGAAGAAUGGUACGUUAGGUCCUCAGGAUGAUUCAGUUGUAAAAAGAUAUGAAGGAUUGAGAUCCCCUGGACUACCAAGAUACACAACAUGUGAUAUCUGCACCAUGGGUACUGAAAUAGGUGGGGUUUACUACCACUGCCAAAUUUGUAAUGGUGACAAUUUGGAUAUUUGUUCAGAUUGCUAUCAGGCCGGGGGACGUUGCUUAGGGCUUGGCCAUGAGCUAAUUAAGGUCGGAAAAGAUUAUCAAUUCCAGCGGUAA